UGUCCCGUUUCCCCCCAGAACAGUUGACAGGUAUACUGUUGAACCACUCAGAGAACUGUAACUCUGGGAGGGGAGCAGGGGUCUCCUCACAGCUUUGGGGGAAGCCAUGAGCAUUUAAAGUGGUAUAAUACCGCUUUAAAUGUGCAGUGUGGGUGUACGUAGCCUUUGUUAGGAGAGGCCUUCAUUUAUAACACAAAUAGGCCUAUUUCCCCCUUGUCAAACGCUGAAGAAAAUGGAGUUGGGUGGGGUGCCCUCACUCUGCACAGGCAUUUGGGCAUUGUGAGAACUACAGUGAACGUCCCUCAAGGUUAUGACUGAGGAGAUAACAUUUUCAAGAACGGUGCAAACAGGAGUGACCUUUGCUUCCUCAUUUUUUUAUCUUGCCGCCCUGCUGCCUGCGGCUAUUAAUUAACUAGCUGUGUUUCCGGAAGCAUUCAGCAUUCAUUGAAUCCAACGGCUACACUGUGUGAGGGAGAUUCUGCCUCAGACAGAUCCUACCAGCGGGGAAGAUGUCCACCCGGUACCACCAGGCAGCUGCCGACGGCAAUUUGGAGCUACUCAGAGAAGCCACCAGAAAAGACCUGAACACCUCAGACGCGGAUGGGAUGACACCGACCUUGCUGGUGGCUUACCAUGGCAACCUGGAGGCUAUGGAAAUAAUCUGCCGAAGAGGAGGUAACCCAGAUAAGUGUGACAUUUGGGGGAACACUCCCCUCCACCACGCUGCCGCGAAUGGCCACGUCCAUUGCAUAACAUUCUUAAUCAAUUUUGGUGCCAAUAUCUUUGCCCUGGAUAAUGACAUGCGUUCUCCUCUGGACGUGGCUGCCAGCAGGAACCAAUACGAAUGUGUCCGGAUUCUCGACACUGCCGCUACUGAGCAGAACCUCAAGAAUCCCAAGAGAGUCUCUCAGCUCAAGACCCAGGCUCGGCGCAAUGCAGAAAGGCAAAUCCACGAAUGCGAACUGCGUCAGGAGAAACAUCAACACGAAAUGGCCAGGAAUUUCAGCAAAGGAUCCAUGCAUUCAAAGAGGGGGACAGCCACAAGGAUGAAAGUCUCCAGUUUCUUUGCAUCCACUUCACUGGGCACGCUGCCCCAAAAGAUGAAAGACACCUUCACGCGAAGGAUGAAAAACAAAGAGGAGAAUCUCAAUGGUCAAGAAGCAAAUCCCCAAGAGGGAGGUACCCCAGCUGGACGAACCACCGUGAUGGAUGUGUUCAAUGAAGAAGACGAGGAAGACCUGGCCAAGGACUUCCAAAGAAAAAACGGCAUUUCUGAAGAUGAAGACGAGUUGGGCCAAAGGUCCAUCUUCCACCGGCCAGGUCUUGGCAACAUUGUAUUUAAAAACAACUUGCCCACCAUGGGCAAAAACUUUGACGCGGUGAUGCUCGAGAAAGAAGGCACCAGCUUCAAAAUGCCCGAUGAGUUGCUUCAGUUCAAAGAGCCUGAAGAUGACGGUGGUGACGCAGAUGUGGAGAACAAUCCAGAAGAAUCUUGGAUCGAAGAGGAAAUCAGGUGGGAUGACGGGAAAGUGGAGACCACCCCCCUGGAGGUGUUUUUGGCGUCCCAGAACCUGAACGAAUUCCUUCCCAUCUUGAUGAGGGAAAACAUUGAUUUAGAGGCCCUCGUGCUUUGCUCGGAUGAAGACCUGCGGAGCAUUCAGAUGCAGCUAGGCCCAAGGAAGAAAAUCCUUCAUGCAGUUGACAGAAGAAUGCAGGCUCUAGCAAACCCAGGCAAGGCUGGGGAUACGCAGUUAUAAACCAUGAAGUUCCUGUGUUGCAAUAGCUCCACCAAAACCGCUGCAGGGUGCAGCUGUUGCAAUGUGACUGCACCCUGCAGGGUGUUAGAUCAGGGAUGAGGAACCAGUAACCAUUCAUCUGUUGGACUCAAACUCCCUUCAGCUUGGCCAGUGAGUUGCAGUCCAGCAACAAUUUGAAGGGACACAGCUUCCUCAUUCAAUGUGUUUAGAUUCUAGACAGCAGGGGAUUGAUUUGAGCUUUUUGAAGCCAUGGUGCAACUUAACAGGUUCAACUGCGGUCUGCAUGGUGAUGGUUUUAGUAGCUCAGAUACAUGCAUAGGACUGGUUCCUACAAGGGGACAGAGUACCGCCACUUCUGUGAUCAUAAGAGCAAUUAAGGUUUCUACAGGUGAUCUUUAUUUGGAAAAGCGUCGCGUGAAGAGACAGGAGCAGAAGGCGGUCAUACAUACGAAUGAACCCCAUAUUAUUAUUGCUAAUAUUAUUAUUUAUUAAAUUUCUAUGCUGCCCUUCAUCCGAGGAUCAGAGGGUGGUUUACAACACAAAAGCACAAAGCUACAUAGCAUAGUAACAAACAAAAACAAUACCUGCACCCAGUUUAAAAGCUUGUAGAUUGUUUAAUUAGCCAAAGGCCUGGGAGAAGAGGAAUGUUUGUGGUACAAGUUCCAGAGUGGUUUAACAAUCAAUCUUUCUUCCAAGGGAAAUCAGGGAAUUGUAGCUGUGUGAGAGGAAUAGGGGGGUCUCCUACGAGCUCUUCACUUAACAGAUUACACUCCCCAUGAUUCUUUGGGGGAAGCCAUGACGGUUUCAAGUGGUAUGAUACUGUUUUAAAUGUCUAGUGCAGGUGGGUCCUCACAUUCCCAUCCAGACUCUUCUAAUGUGAAUGUGUUUGUUAACAUGCACAUCUAUGUAUUCUCCAAAUCCUAGUGAUGAAACUCUAAAAUGACACCAUCCAUGCAGCCGCUAAAAUAAUUUCAGUCAACACAGAGAGGGGAAAGGUAGGUUGAUUGAUGUGUGCUGGCAGGUUUCAGGUUAUUUGCUUCUUUGAGCAAGUGCGCAGAGCUUCCCUAGGGAAGCCCACUUUAAAACACAGCAAGCAUAUAUCUUCCCAGUACAUGAAAAUGAGAUGUCAUUCCAUGUGACAGCCACUGUAAUAACCAGCCUUUGUUCUCAUGCAGUAUAUUUAAGAUGGUGAAACCACCGCUGAUUUAUAUCAGGCAAAUAAAAUUGGAAGUUACAAA